CUAUGACGCUCCUGAACGCACCGCUGUGUCACCUGCAACCAGUGGGGCUUCAAUGUAAAUGGGAGGCGUUUUUUAUCCUGGGAAAGAAAUACCUAACGCCACCGUACAAGCCGUAUUUUCAGCCUGCCAGUGCGGGGCCGACCCCGAGCACCAUGGCUACGUUGAUGUUUAGCUAUAAACACAUUUCGCGGCCGCUGUUUUGAGGCUCGUCGGUGUGUGGUGUCCCGGCCUGUCUGUCUGUCUUGCCCAUCCGUCCUGAGUGCUCUCUGCAUCGUUUAGAUGCCGUGGCCGAGAUGAGCGUGAAGGCUUUUGAGCUUGUCCCCGCCGUGGAGCGAGACCUCCUCAUGGGCGACAAAGCUCGCAUCAACAUCGAGUGCAUCGAAUGCUGCGGGAAGCACCUGUACGUGGGCACCAACGACUGCUUCAUCCACCACUUCCUGCUGGACGAGGCCACCUCCUCCAAGGGCAAGCCGAGCUACUCGGCUCAGAAGCUGCUGCACAAAUACCUCGGCCUCAAGAAGCCGGUGGCGGAGCUGCGCGCCGCGUCCGCCUUGGAGCGCCUGAUCGUGCUCUGCGACGGGAUGGUGUUCCUCGUCGACAUGGUCACGCUGGAGACCGUCCCGUCCGCGGCGGGGGGCGGAGCCAAGAUCAGAGGCGUCACGUCUUUCUGCAUCAACGAGAACCCGGUGAACGGGGACCCCUUCUGCGUGGAAAUGGGCGUGCUCUCCUCCAAGCGCCGGACGGUGCAGAUUUACAUGGUGCACGAGGACAGGGUGCAGCUGGUGAAAGAGGUGAGCACCCCCGAGCAGCCCUGCGCCGUCAGCCUGGACGGUUACUUCCUGUGCCUCGCGCUCACCUCGCAGUACGUGAUCCUGAACUACAGCACGGGAGCCUCCCAGGAGCUUUUCCCUUACAACAGCGAGGAGAGGAGGCCCAUCGUGAAGAGGAUCAACCGGGAGGAGUUCCUCUUAGCAGCACCUGGUGGCCUGGGAAUGUUUGCCAACGCCGAGGGGACGUCUCAGCGGGCGCCGGUCAACUGGUCGGAGAGCGUGAUCGGCGCCGCCGUGUGUUUCCCGUACGUGGUGGCUCUGGAUGAAAGCUUCAUCACCAUCCACAGCAUGUUGGACCAACAGCUCAAACAGACCCUUUCAUUCAGGGACGGACACAUUCUUCAAGACUUCGAAGGGAAGGUCAUUCUGGCGUCCACUAAGGCCGUUUACGUCCUGGUGCCGCUGCCUCUGGAGAGACAGAUUCAAGACUUACUGGCUGGUCACAGGGUGGAGGAGGCGCUCGUCCUCACCGAGGGGGCGCAGAGAAAUAUACCCAAAGACAAGUUCCAGAUUUUGCACAGAAGAAUCCUGCAGCAGGCCGGCUUCAUACAGUUUGGACAACUUCAGUUUCUGGAAGCGAAGGAACACUUCAAGAAGGGUCAGCUGGACGUGCGGGAGCUGAUCUCUCUCUACCCGUUACUGCUGCCGGCCUCGUCUUCGUUCACGCGCUGCCACCCUCCUCUCCACGAGUUUGCCGAUCUCAACCAGCUGGCGCAGGGCGACCAGGAGAAAGUGCUCAGAUACAAGAAAUUCCUCAUCAGUUAUUUAGGAGAGGUACGAAGCACGGAGGUGGCUAACGGCUGCAGGGAGGACGUGGACACGGCGCUGCUGAAGCUUUACGCCGAACAGGAUCACGACAGCCUCCUGGACCUCCUGGCGUCAGACAACGCCUGCGUGCUCGCGGACAGCGUCCCGUGGCUGGAGAAAUAUCACAAAUAUUUUGCACUUGGGCUGCUCUAUCACUAUAAUGGUCAGGAUUCAGCAGCACUUCAGCUGUGGAUUCGCGUGGUCGAUGGGGAUCUGCAGGACUCCACGAGAUCCGACCUGUACGAGUACAUCGUGGACUUCCUGUGCUCCUCCUCCAACCUGGACCUGGUGUGGAAGUACGCGGACUGGGCCUUACGGAAGGAUCCCACCAUAGGUGUCCACAUUUUCACCAAGCGUCCCAUCGGUAAAGAGCAUCCGGAGCUGAAUCCCGACGAUGUGACCGCCUACCUGGGAAAACACAGCCAGGCGUUGCUUCUGUACGUAGAACAUCUGGUGCUGGAGAAACGGAUACAGAAGGAGAAGCUGCACACUCACCUGGCCGUGUUGUACCUGGAGAGGGUCCUGUCGCUGUUGUCCGAGUCGCCGAGAGACAAAGAGCGGCUGAACAAAGCCAGGGACAAGCUCCAAGCCCUGCUCAGGGAGUCCAGCCUGUACCGUGUACAGUUUCUUUUAGGUAAAGUGGAGAAGUGUGAACAGCUGCUGCCAGAACGUGCAACACUACAUGGAAAACUGGAGGAGCACGACAAAGCGCUGCACAUACUGGUGCACCAGCUCAGAGACUUCCCGUCCGCCGAGGCCUUCUGCGUCUGGGCCUCUUCCAGCCGAGACUCGUCGUACCGACAGCAGCUAUUUCACCUGCUCCUGGGAGUGUAUCUGGAUGGAAGUGGCUCGGGAGGAGCAGGAGGUGGAGGAGGUAGUGGUAGCAGUGGGGAGCUGGAGAUGGCGGCGGUCGACCUCCUGAAUCGACACGGCGAGGUGUUCGACGCCGUCCGUGUCCUGAGGAUGCUCCCGGAGGGAUGGUCGCUGCAGCUGCUGAGGCCGUUCCUGAAUCGAGCCAUCAGGGCCAGCGUGCACACCUGCCGCACCUCGCAGAUCGCUCUGGGGUUAGCGCACACGGAAAACCUGCAGCUGCUCCACGACAGGCUGAAGGAGCGUAAGAAGCCCAUCUUUGUGUCGGAGAAGAAAGGAUGUCACCUGUGCCACAACACCUUCAGCGACCCGGCCGUGGUGUGUCUUCCCGGCGGCGUCCCCGUCCACACUCACUGUGUCGCACAGAGAGUCAGAGACUCUCCCACUAAGAGACAGUUGACUAACAGCAGUAACCACACGUGAGACACACGGACCCUUCGUGUGACGGGACAACAGCGGGACGCACCGAGGAAAAAAAAUUAAAAAAUAAAGCACAGAAACACAUCUUUCCUCAGCGGGAAGAAGAACCAGAAACACAAACAGGAAGCUGGGCCAGUGCGAAUGUGCGCAGAGAAGGAACUGAUGAUUUCAGCUAUUUAUUCAUGUGCUGCAUUUAUACCACAGAGUCAAAAAAAAACGUUUCAGUUCUGUGCCCGUCCCGUCUCCUCUUAUACACUUUAAACCCGACAAAACCGCUUGAACACACGAUAUUUCAGUCCUUGUUGCGCAUGAAAAGCAUUACAGCCGUCACAGCUCUGCUCUAAUCAACUCAUAGACGAGUGUCGUAUUAAUUCUGUCCUAAGUUGCACAUUGCAGCGUUAGGUUUUAAUGUGAAAUACUACAAAGACCCAUGAUUGAAACGAGUCUGUUAUGUGGGUCUUUCACAGUGUUUGGUUCUGAUCUGGUCUCGUUGUUGCUGCUGCUUUUCUGCCCUCGACCGUAAGAACGAACGAGCAGACGUCACAUCUCAGUCGGUGAAUUGAUCCGAACUCGUUGGUUUUCCAGUAACGUUGUUAUCGAACUGAUAAAACGUCGUCUUAUGUUGGUCCCACUAAUCGUCACUGAGUCAGUGCUCAAACUACAUCAAGGACCAAUCAGAUUCCUCCUUCCUUCCUACUUUUGUUUCUCCCUGAACUCCUUCCUUCCUUAACUCCUUUCUUCCUUCCUUCCUUGCUUCCCUCUCUCCUUCUCUCCAUCUUUCUUUCCUUCCUUAACUCCUUGCUUCCC